UGUCGAUAACCACACCUUCUUUUCCUAUUGCAGACGAGACUCCAAUUAUAGCUGUGAUGGUGGCCCUGUCUUCCCUUCUAGUCAUAGUAUUUAUUAUUAUUGUGCUGUACAUGUUAAGGUUCAAGAAAUACAAGCAAGCAGGGAGUCACUCCAACUCCUUUCGAUUGUCCAACGGCCGGACGGAUGAUGCAGAGCCACAGAGCAUGCCACUGCUCGCCCGCUCCCCCAGCACCAACCGUAAAUACCCGCCUCUGCCCGUCGAUAAGCUGGAAGAGGAGAUCAACCGCCGGAUGGCAGAUGACAACAAGCUCUUUCGGGAGGAGUUCAAUGCUCUCCCAGCGUGUCCCAUACAGGCCACGUGUGAAGCUGCUUCCAAGGAGGAGAACAAGGAGAAGAACAGAUACGUGAACAUUUUGCCCUAUGAUCAUUCCAGGGUUCACCUGACUCCUGUUGAGGGAGUUCCUGACUCCGACUACAUCAACGCCUCCUUCAUUAAUGGGUACCAAGAGAAAAACAAGUUCAUUGCUGCACAAGGACCAAAGGAAGAAACCGUGAACGAUUUUUGGAGGAUGAUUUGGGAGCAAAACACAGCGACAAUUGUCAUGGUGACCAACCUGAAAGAGAGGAAGGAGUGUAAGUGUGCUCAGUACUGGCCGGAUCAGGGCUGCUGGACGUACGGGAACAUCCGAGUGUCCGUGGAGGACGUGACCGUCCUGGUGGAUUACACCGUGCGGAAGUUCUGCAUCCAGCAGGUUGGUGACGUCACAAACAAGAAGCCUCAGCGCCUGGUGACUCAGUUCCACUUCACCAGCUGGCCCGACUUCGGGGUCCCUUUCACCCCCAUCGGGAUGCUGAAGUUCUUGAAGAAGGUGAAGACGUGUAAUCCCCAAUACGCGGGAGCAAUAGUAGUGCACUGCAGUGCCGGGGUAGGACGCACAGGCACUUUUAUCGUCAUUGAUGCCAUGCUGGACAUGAUGCACGCGGAGAGGAAGGUGGACGUUUAUGGCUUCGUGAGCCGGAUCCGGGCUCAGCGCUGCCAGAUGGUACAGACAGACAUGCAGUAUGUGUUUAUAUACCAAGCACUUCUGGAGCACUAUCUCUACGGUGACACAGAGCUGGAGGUGACCUCGUUAGAGAUCCACCUCCAGAAGAUCUACAACAAAGUGCCAGGGACCAGCAGCAAUGGGCUGGAAGAGGAGUUCAAGAAGCUCACUUCAAUCAAAAUUCAGAACGACAAGAUGAGAACGGGCAACUUGCCGGCAAACAUGAAGAAGAACAGGGUGCUUCAGAUAAUUCCAUAUGAGUUCAACCGAGUAAUCAUUCCAGUGAAGAGAGGUGAAGAGAACACAGACUACGUAAACGCUUCCUUCAUUGACGGUUAUCGCCAGAAGGAUUCCUAUAUCGCCAGCCAAGGACCGCUGCAGCACACGAUAGAGGACUUCUGGAGGAUGAUCUGGGAGUGGAAAUCCUGCUCCAUAGUGAUGCUAACGGAGCUGGAGGAGAGAGGCCAGGAGAAGUGUGCCCAGUACUGGCCAUCCGAUGGCUCAGUGUCCUAUGGAGACAUCACUGUGGAGCUGAAAAAAGAGGAGGAGUGUGAGAGCUAUACAGUGCGGGACCUGCUGGUGACGAACACCAGGGAAAACAAGAGCCGACAGAUUCGGCAGUUUCAUUUCCACGGCUGGCCAGAAGUUGGGAUCCCCGGGGAUGGGAAGGGAAUGAUCAACAUCAUCGCGGCUGUGCAGAAGCAGCAGCAGCAGUCUGGCAACCACCCGAUCACUGUGCACUGCAGUGCCGGAGCAGGAAGAACAGGCACCUUCUGUGCGCUGAGCACUGUCCUGGAAAGGGUGAAAGCAGAAGGGAUUCUCGACGUCUUUCAGACGGUGAAGAGUUUAAGACUACAGAGGCCGCAUAUGGUGCAGACACUGGAACAGUACGAAUUCUGCUACAAGGUGGUGCAGGAAUAUAUCGACGCCUUCUCAGACUACGCCAACUUCAAGUGAAGAAAAGAAAAAAAAAAAAAAUCC